UGCAAAGCGACUGCAGCUUCUCUCUGAGCUUCUAAACUCCAGAAAGUAUGUUCUUUAGACUGUGAGAGCUGCUAAGUUCCCUCAGAGCCUGGAGCUUCAAAAAAGCAGCUGUUCUUCACUGGUGUCCGGCUGAAACACUGAUGCAAGGAGACGCUCACCUAUCAAAGAAGGAAGGAAUUAGGAGAGAGAGAGGUUCAGCCAUUCAGCCUAAACUAUGAGGCUGUUGACCUUUGGGGUUAGAUGGCUAAUCCUCACUGUCUGGUGGGUUUCUCUGCUGUAUGUUUCAGAGCAGCAGGUCAGUGCGGGUGAAGCUCUGGAGCCGUGUAAUGGCAGAGACUGUUCAGUGUGCAGGUGCCAUCCAGCUAAAGGAGCACGGGGGGCUCCUGGCAGUCUGGGCAUUCAGGGCCCUCAGGGUGAGUCAGGGCCACGUGGACCACCAGGACAGCCAGGGGAAAAGGGCAGACGGGGAAACCAGGGAGAGCCUGGGCUGGAGGGGCCUCCGGGAGACAGAGGGAGCACUGGUGUUCCGGGUUUUUCCGGAGCAAAUGGUGUCGAUGGACAUGUUGGUGCUGGAGGUCUUCCGGGCCCACCUGGUCUAGAUGGCUGUAAUGGGACUCGUGGGGAUCCUGGCUUUCCUGGGCUGCCCGGGAUUAAUGGAAUACCUGGACCUCAGGGCCAGCCUGGUCCUAAAGGAAUGAAGGGGGAGCCAACACUUGUAUCCAAAGGAGGACCUCCAGGAAACCCUGGUCUACCUGGUUCUCCUGGCCUACCUGGAUUUCCUGGCAUUGAUGGGCUCCCCGGAGUUAGGGGUUGGCCUGGUCCAGCUGGCUUUAUUGGUCCUGCUGGUCCUCCAGGGUUACAAGGACCACCUGGUGAUAGCAGUCUGUCACUUCCAGGACCAAAAGGGGAAGAGGGAGAUCUUGGACCUCAAGGUCCUCCUGGUCCAUAUGAGGUGGUGGAGCCCCCUGAGGAUCACCUCAUUAAAGGAGCGAAGGGGGAGAAGGGGGAUAACGGAGCCUGCGGGCCAGAUGGACCAGAUGGGAUUGCAACAGGUCCUGGGGUGAAAGGAGAAAAGGGAAUUCCAGGACUGCCUGGCCCUCGGGGUCUCCCAGGUAUUGAUGGCUUGACGGGACUUCCAGGUUUACAGGGACUUCAUGGGGACCCAGGUGCGCCUGGUCACCGUGGUCAUCCUGGUCUGAAGGGUGAAAGAGGAGAUGCAGGUUUGAAAGGUCCUCCAGGUGAUGGCAUUCCAGGUUACCCAGGUGACCCAGGGCCACGUGGACCAUCAGGGCCCCCAGGGGAUUUGGGACUGAUGGGAAACCGAGGAAGCCCUGGAUACCCAGGACACACCCUCCUAGGUCGAACUGGCCCUCCUGGGCCCCAGGGUUCUCAGGGACCUCAGGGGUUUAAGGGAGAUCCGGGUUUGUCAAACGUUACUGAAUUAGAACCAGGACGUCCAGGGCCACCCGGGCCGCCUGGGCCCGCUGGGAUAAAAGGAGAUAGAGGCCCACCUGGUCUAUCAGGUCAUUGCCUCCCUGGUCCUGUGGGACUGCCCGGGGAUAGAGGAGACAGAGGAUUUCCUGGGGAACGAGGACUUAAAGGGCAAAAAGGUGACAAUUACUGCACCUCUGGUGGAUCAGCACAGCCUGGCCCUAUCGGCCCACCUGGACCUCCAGGAUAUAACGGGCUUCCUGGGGCUGCAGGACAGAAGGGUGAGCCAGGGCCAGAAGGAGACCCAGGUCUGAACGGCCCUCCUGGAAGGCAAGGUCUACCUGGUCCUCGGGGUUUCAAAGGUCAGAAAGGAGACCCUUAUUUUUCAAGUGUAAGAGGCAUAAAGGGAGAUCAGGGCGAUCCUGGGCCCGCUGGUCCAUCAGGUGCUAGUGGUCGACAAGGCCUUCCAGGACAAACUGGUGUGGUUGGAGAACCAGGACCACCAGGAGAUGGUUAUCCAGGUCUCAAAGGAUUCAAAGGAUACCCCGGUGCUGCAGGGCUUAAAGGACUCACAGGGCCUGCAGGUCCUCAAGGCCUAGGUGUUCCAGGGCAAAGGGGGCCACCCGGGCCACCAGGAGACCAGGGCCCUGAAGGCCCACCUGGAUUUCCUGGGCCUCCAGGUCCUCGAGGGGAUUCGGUUCAGUGUAUUCCGGGCAACCCUAGCCCAGAAGGCCCGCCAGGCGACCCUGGAGACCCAGGACCCCCUGGGCCACCGGGACCACCUGGAUAUGGAGGCUCUCCUGGUCUACCAGGACCAAAAGGCGAAAAAGGAGAUGAUGGAGACAGUAGGGGGUAUGGACGUCCAGGUUUUCCAGGAUUACCAGGUGAUCCAGGUGAUCCAGGUCCUCCUGGACGUAGCUUUAGCGGUGCAAGGGGAUCACCAGGGCCGCAAGGACGUCCAGGGUUAAAGGGGCCUCCAGGAGAUUCCCUCCCAGGCAGGUCAGGCCCUCCUGGACAAACAGGAUUUCCUGGAAACCCUGGUCCAAAGGGCACGCGGGGUCAACGAGGUCCUGAUGGAUUAAGCGGGCAACCUGGAAAUCCUGGACAUGUGAUAGAAUGUGAUAGACAGCCUGGAGACGUUGGGGACCCAGGUCCACCUGGACUACCAGGGGUUAGCCCUACUUUUUGUAGUGGUGAGCAAGGCCCCCCAGGUCCCCAAGGACGUCCAGGCCUGACUGGGCUGCUGGGCAUCAAUGGCGUUAAAGGAGAAAAGGGACUGGCUGGUUUUCCUGGAACUGGACUGAAGGGACCUCAAGGACAGCCUGGUCCACCUGGUCCUCCUGGUGCCCCUGGACCUCCUGGCUUAAUAGGAGCACCUGGUGAACCAGGGCUGUUUGGGCUUUCUGGAUCAAAAGGAAUUAGAGGACAUCCUGGGUUAGCUGGAUUAAUAGGAUUACCUGGAGACCCAGGUUUUCCAGGGCCACCAGGUAGACCAGGAGUGAGAGGUGAUGAGGGUGAAACUGGUGUGACAGGAGACGUGGGCUACAAGGGAGUCAAAGGUAGCAAAGGAUAUCCAGGACCUCCAGGCCUCUUAAAUUCCAUAAAAGGCAUUAAGGGAUUACCUGGGCCCAAUGGAAGACCAGGAUUCACAGGACCUAGAGGUCCUAAAGGUUCACCUGGAUUACCUGGUGAACAUGGUCUGGAUGGACUGAAUGGUGGCCCUGGGUUUCAGAAAGGCUUCCCUGGCUUACCUGGAAGAAGUGGCCCUCAGGGACCGCCAGGUCCACCUGGGCCCAAAGGAUAUCCAGGAGCCAUAGGAUUCCCAGGACAUUUUGGAGAUCUGGGUGGUCCAGGUCUUCCUGGACUAAAUGGUGCACCAGGCAAUCGAGGGCUACCAGGCAUCAAAGGUGAUGAAGGAGACUCUGUGGGAUAUCCAGGUCCACCUGGACCAAAGGGCUUUAAGGGUGUCAGUGGACCAAGCGAAUGUGAUGCUGAGGUUGGAGCCCCAGGGGAUCCAGGGGAUCGAGGACUCCAGGGGCCACAGGGAUUGCCUGGUACCUGUGGUUCUCCUGGACCACCUGGACUGCGUGGUCCUCCAGGAAAUGUGGGUCCACCAGGUUUUUCACAUUUUGGGCUUCCAGGUCCUCCAGGACCUUCAGGACCACCAGGACAUAAAGGUUAUCCAGGUCCACCAGGUCUGAAAGGAUUUCCGGGACCUCCAGGCCUCCAGGGCCUCAAUGGUCUCCCUGGUCCUAAAGGGGAGAAAGGCUGUAGAGGUCCCGAUAUGGAAGGUCCUCCUGGGAUACAAGGUGAUCCUGGAAACCAGGGACUGUCUGGUUCCCCAGGAAAUCCAGGAAUCUCCCAUCCAGGACAGAAAGGCUUGAAAGGCCAGCCUGGAGACCCAGGUCCCCAAGGCCUCUAUGGUCCACCUGGUGUCCAAGGCAGAAACUGUGACAUAUCGAUUCCAGGAGACACUGGGGACCCAGGCCCAACUGGACUCAGCGGACCUCCAGGUCCACCAGGUGAAAUUGGUCCUCCAGGUUUGAUUUUCCCUCACCCAGGAGACCAAGGGGAUGUGGGACCACCUGGGCCCCCAGGGACAAAGGGCUUGAGAGGUACAGAGGGGCCCUCAGGAGUUACUGGGUUCAGUGGACCUCCAGGACCCAAAGGGCUGCAAGGAUUGCCUGGUUCAAGAGGCCCCCCAGGACCAGCAGGUCUUGAAGGCAGAGCUGGGUUUCCAGGGCUCAAGGGAGAUAAAGGGAUAACAGGGAGUAAGGGGGCCCAAGGUACACCUGGAAGAGUUAUCAUUGGCCCUCCCAAACCAACCAAUAAGGGACCACAAGGAAAGCCAGGAUCACCUGGGCCAUCUGGAUUCAAAGGAACAUCUGGCCUCCCAGGAAAUCCAGGACCCAUAGGACCUAAAGGUCUGAUGGGCAGUCCUGGUCCACCUGGGCAGUUAGGAGCUGCAGGAAUUCCAGGUCCUCCUGGGGAUGCUGGUGAGCCUGGACAUCAAGGACUUGUUGGACCACAAGGCCCUCCAGGCCCUAAGGGAGAUCCUGGAUUCCCAGGCAAUGGGACCAUCAGCAAUUCUGGGUUUCUCCUAGUGAUCCACAGUCAGUCUGAGGCAAUACCUGAGUGUCCAGCAGGCAUGCCCCUCCUUUGGAUUGGUUACAGCCUUCUUUAUCUGGAGGGUCAGGAGAGAGCCUACACGCAAGACCUGGGCCAAGCAGGCUCAUGCCUGCAUAUCUUCAGCACCAUGCCCUUCUCCUACUGUAACUCUGCUGCCUGUCGCUACGCCAGUCGCAAUGACAAGUCCUACUGGCUGACCACCAACAAACCUGUGCCCAUGAUGCCCGUGUUAGACGAAGAGAUCCGCCAGUACAUCAGCCGCUGUGUUGUGUGUGAGGCGCCCGCUCCUGCAGUGGCAGUCCAUAACCAAGACUCCAACGUGCCCAGCUGCCCGCCUGGCUGGAGCAGUUUAUGGAUAGGUUACUCUUUCCUCAUGCACACUGGAUCUGGCGAUGAAGGUGGCGGUCAGUCUCUGACCUCUCCUGGAAGCUGUCUGAAGGACUUCAGGACGCAGCCCUUUGUGGAAUGCCAAGGCCUGCGUGGCACGUGCCAUUACUUUGCCAACAUCUACAGCUUUUGGCUGACUCGCGUGAGCUACGAGGAGGAAUUUGGUACGGCCCUGCAGGGGGCAACGCUGAAGGCUGCAGACCAGCAGCGGAACCGCAUCAGCCGAUGUCACGUCUGCAUGAGGCAGCGACAAAUCAUACAGCUGAGGUCGCCAUGAUGGGACAGUUCAUACUGGAACUUCUACAGGUUGUGGGUUUCCCUUAAAUAUCUACAUGUGAUCCCUAAGAUAGCCGAGGCUUACUGCUUAUAAUUGCUGUG